AUGUCUGAAGCUGAGCAAAAGGGAGCAGAGACUUUCACUUUUGACGCAGUUGGGCUAGGAAGGGGCGGGCUCAAUCGGGCAACAUCUACGUGCGUUCAAAAAAAUCCUAUGGAAAUUCUUCAUACAACUCAGCAGACAAUCACUUUUGCGAACCUGGGAUGCUCAACAAAGAUCCCAAUCCCCAUACUUCCCGAAGCUUUGCUACAGACCGUAGGUGUGCCCUGGACCAAUUAUGUUUCGAGGCAUCUAGCCUGGAAGCGACAAGCUUUGCCAUGGCUCCCAGACGAGAAACUUCAAGACAUUGCGCGUGCCGAUCUCGAAGCGAUGCAAUUAGGUUUCCCAGCAGUUGAUGAUGAGGCCUGCGCGCUUGGGCUUGCCGCGUGCCUGACAAUUGUGUGCUAUGUGGAUAGCUUCAUUGAGGAAAUGGAGCCAGAAAUGGCGAACCAGUGUGUUAAGCGGUGCUUGGCAAUUCUAGACGGUGACAUUCUAGAUAAUCGAAUUGGUAAGGCCUUAUCCACACCAUUUCGUAUCGUUACUAAUUACAUUGAUGAAGUGGAAAACCCUCGCAACUCGUUAGAAAAGGCUCAAACUAUAUGUUCAGCAUUCUACAAGCAAAUGUUGGCCCUUUUUCACCCAAAAACAGCCGUUGCAGUCAUUUGCGAUAUGAAGGAUAUGAUUGCCAGCCAACUUCUUGAGCUUGACUUCAAGGAAGGCAUCUUACCCAUCAAAACCUACGGCGAAUAUCUCGAGAUUCGAAAUCGGACCUUCGGACUAAUGCCGCUGCUCACCAUUGCAGAGUAUUAUUACCUAGCCGAGGGAGAUUCGUUGGCUACAUCACCAGACAUAAGCCUCUUAAAGACCCAGAUAAGUCUUAUGGGAGUUGGUCAGAACGACAUUGGCGGCUUGGAAAAGGACAUCCAGCUUUCAAACCCGUCGAAUUCCAUUAUGGUAUUUGCCAGGUUGCUUGGACGCAAGCCAAUAGUCAGUGCAAAUAAUCUCCUGGAGUCUCAGGAUAUUCUUUCUCUCUUUGAGAAGCAGAAUCAGAGAUUUAUCAAUGACGUGAUCAAGACCUGGAGUCGAAUCCAAACUCGCUCCACAGUGAAGGAAGAGCGAAGACUAAGUAACACACUUAUCACGGUGUGUGUUACCCACCUAAAGUGGGUUCUGUCUACCUCGAGAUACAAUAUCGAUUGUGUACUGCAGGGAGAUUGUAUUGGUAGUUAG